UUCUCAGUUCCCAUUUCUUGGCUGUACAACACUGUUCACUAGUGCUGUGCAUCCUGCUUACGUUGGGUAACGUCCCGAAAAUCUUACUUGUUCUAUAUACGAAUUAACGGCAUUCGAUUUGGCAAAAAUAGAACGAAUCUCGAAGACUUCACAAUUUCAUUUGGAUUUUGUUUGUUUAACUAAAGGCUUCCCGUCGGAAAAAUUAAUCAACAAGAGGUGCGAAGAUGCAUACUAAGGAUCUGAUCAAAUCCAGUUGGGCAGAUGAGGUCGAAGAUCAUUUGGAGAAAACAACAUUGCCACCAGCAAAAGUUGAUACACACGGAAAUACCAAAAUUAUUACUGAAUAUCGUUGGAACAAGGAUGACAAAAAAGAAAAGGUAGUUCGUACAUAUAAAAUUGAAAAACGACUGGUGUCCAAAACUAUAGCUGAGCGCAAGACAUGGGCUAAAUUCGGAGAUUCACGUAAUGAUAAACCAGGACCAAAUACUUCGACCACGAUUCCGGCUGAAGAAAUACAGAUGCAAUUCUUGUCGGGUAAGGAUGGCGACAAAGUCGAAGAAAACCCAUUAGACAAAUUAAAGAAUGUGAACAUGAACAUUAAAUGCCGAAAUUGUGGCGGAGAGCAUUGGUCGUUUUCAUGUCAUCUCAAGGGUACCGGUUUGGUGAUUGAAGAUAAGAAAUUGGUUCAAGAAAAGGUACCAGAGCCCGAAAAAAAUACAAGUACCAACAGACCUUAUAUUCCCCCGUCAGCAAGAGAAGGAGCCACAAAUACAGCUGGCAAACGAGAUCCAUACUCACGUGGUUAUGAUGAAGUACCUGCUAUCCGUAUAGAAAAUCUUUCUGAAAGUACAUCUGAAGCUGAUUUAAGUGAAUUGGUCAACAAAUUUGGUCAAGUUGCUCGAAUUUUUUUGGCAUCUAAUAAGGUCACUGGUGCUUGUAAAGGAUAUGCAUUUGUUAAUUUCAAAUCCAAAAUGGAUGCCGAACGAGCAAUUAAAGGAUUACACGGAUAUGGAUAUGACCAUUUGAUAUUAAAUGUUGGUUGGUCGACAAACAAUUAUAGUAAGAGUACUUACUAACUGAAUAGAAAUUUACUGGAGAUAACAAUAUUCUAUGGAUAUAUUAUUUUAUACAUCUUUUUCAGUCAAUAUUAGUUAAAAUAUAAAUAUAUAGUGCACAAUAACUUUUAUAUUAUUAUAAUAUUAUUUAAUUGUAAAUUUGUAUUUUUUUCUAUGCUUUUCAUUUUAUGGAAAAUGUAUGGUUAGGUUACAAUAACAAAACAAUAGACUUAAUAAUCUUUCUUUUUUCAAUUUAUAAAAUAAUACUGUGGAAAUG